AUGGCCCGCUCCUCUCUUGUGGUUCUGUGCGUCCUGCUCUCAUACUCUGCGUGGAUAGUCAAGGGAAAAUGUGUGGAAAUCGACAACGAAGAACCGAAUGAAAAAGAACUCUUGGCUCUGGCAAAGAUCCCGGGAGUCUGCUGGGCCUGUAAGUGGGCUAUGAACAAGGUCAAGAAAAUGGUUGGAAAAAAUGCCUCAAAAGAGGACUUCAAAGCCAAACUGCUGUCCGUGUGCGACCAGAUUGGACUGAUCAAGUCGCUCUGCCGGAAGUUUGUGAAUAAACACCUGGGGGUCCUCAUCGAAGAACUGAGCACCAACGACGACGUGCGCACCAUCUGUGUCAACACCAAGGCCUGCAGGCCAAAGGCAUUGCAGAUGGAUGGACUUUAUCUGGAUUACGAUACCGACUGGUUUAAUGGAAAUGACAUGGAAGAAUAA